CCAAGGAAGAAGAGUUGGACUCUGAUCUCCUGCAGUUUCGAUUCUGCUUUGCUGGAAUCAAUAUUUGCGCGGAGACAACCAGACGUGUGUGUCCAUUGUUAUGGAAGGGCGUCACGGCGAGUUUAGGUUGACUGGAUUUUGAGGGGGAAGUCUGAAGCCAGAACAUUCCUCAGAGGAUUUGGAGUGGAGGUUUUACCUACAUAAACCUUCAUUGUGCCUGUUCACGUGAAAGAGACUUUCUUUCUUCGGUCAACACUGGGCUGCGGUCACUGGACUGGUCAGACCGAGACUGCACUGCCAAGUUUGAUAACUUUGUUCGGCGAAAUGGCGGUUUACUCUCUGCCGGAGGGCUUCAGCGAUUUUGAUAUGUUUACUUUCGGAUCCAUGCUCCUCGUCGGAGGUCUUCUUGGAUUCAUCCUCAACGCAGUCAGCGCCGUCGCUUUCCUCCGUGUGAAAGAACUGCGCACUCCAAGUAACUUCUUUGUGUUUAACCUUGCACUCGCCGACAUGAGUCUCAACAUCAAUGGACUCACAGCUGCUUAUGCCAGUUACCUCAGAUACUGGCCUUUUGGUCAGGGCGGAUGUUCCUACCAUGGCUUCCAGGGGAUGAUUUCCGUAUUGGCGUCCAUCAGCUUCAUGGCAGCCAUUGCCUGGGACAGAUACCAUCAGUACUGCACCAGGCAGAAGCUGUUCUGGAGUACGACCAUGACAAUGAGCGCCAUCAUCUGGACUCUGUCUAUCUUCUGGGCUGCCGUGCCUCUGAUGGGCUGGGGGGUCUAUGACUUUGAGCCCAUGAGGACCUGUUGCACGCUGGACUACACCAGAGGAGACAGAGACUAUGUGACCUACAUGCUGACGCUGACGGUGCUUUACUUGAUGUUUCCAGCCAUCACCAUGUUGUCCUGUUAUAGCGCCAUCCACAAACAAUUCAAGAAGGUCCAUUUCCACCGGUUCAACACCAAUCUACCUCUGAGGGUGAUGCUGAUGUGUUGGGGCCCGUACGUCCUCAUGUGUAUCUACGCCUGCUUCCAGAAUGUGAAGGUGGUUUCUCCUAAGUUGAGGAUGGUGCUUCCAGUCCUGGCUAAAACCAAUCCCAUCUUCAACGCUCUGCUCUACUCAUUUGGAAACGAGUUCUACCGUGGCGGCGUGUGGCACUUCCUCACGGGAGAGAAGAUUGUUGAACCCGAACUGAAAAAGAACAAAUAAAAUAAAAAUCUGCCUUGAAA